AUGCUGAAGACACCCUCAAACACGACAUCGGCUCAAGCAGCUCAUCAGCCGCUAUUACCGCAAAUACCGUCUCUAUCAUCCAUUACAACGACACAAUCUACUUCCAACACCGUGACAGCUACUCAAAUGGGCAAGAGGAAACGCAAGCUGGAAAAGCAGAGUCUAGACUAUAUAGGGAAGAGUAUGCUCGCAGGUGGAAUAGCUGGCUGUGCGGCUAAAACCGUCAUUGCUCCAUUGGAUCGAGUCAAGAUACUCUUUCAGACUGCAAAUCCGCAUUUUGAACGGUAUGCUGGAUCGAUGAGAGGAGCAGGCCAAGCAAUGCGCGAAAUUGUCCGCAACAACGGGUAUCUUGCACUCUUCCAAGGCCAUUCAGCAACCCUAUUACGAAUCUUCCCCUACGCCGCCGUGAAAUACAUGGCAUACGAGCAAUACAAGGCAAUACUAAUGCCAACACCAGCCGAUAAAUCCCACAUCCGUAACAUGAUUGCCGGCAGUAUGGCUGGCGUCACUUCUGUAUUUGUAUCCUACCCACUAGAUCUGCUACGAGUCCGAUUAGCCUUCCAGUCUUCAUCGCAACGAACCAGUAUAGUGGACACCAUGUCGAGUAUAUACCAUGAACCAAACCCGUUUUUUAGAUGGAAGAUGCUUGGUGGGGUUUCGAAUUUCUAUAGAGGGUUUUUCCCAACAGUGUAUGGAAUGAUACCGUAUGCGGGUGUGAGUUUCUUGACGUACGAGUCGCUCAAGACGUGGUGUAUGGACUCGGUUAUAGGACCAUGGGCUGUUAUAAACUGGGACGAGUUCAAUAAUCAGCCAAAGGAAAACACGAAUGGGGCCGAGUAUGUUAAGCCGCAGCUGCGAGUAUGGGCAUACCUGUCGUCUGGUGCUUUGAGUGGGAUGGUGGCUCAAGCUAGUAGUUAUCCAUUAGAGGUUAUUAGACGAAAUAUGCAGGUUGAUGGUGUCAGACAUACUGCUGAGGCUCGUAGUAAUAGUGGUAAUCGCAUACCGAGUAGUAGUAGCAGUAGUGCAAGUAUAAAUAGGACGACACUGCAAACUGCCAAGUGGAUUUAUGCUAGGAAGGGUAUACCUGGCUUCUUUGUUGGACUGUCGAUUGGCUUUGUCAAAGUUGGGCCCAUGUUUGCUGUUAGCUUUUACGUGUAUGAGUACAUGAAGCACAUGCUGGACAUUGAUUAA